AUGGACAAAGGUUGGUCACUAAAGAGUCAUUUAAACUUGGAAGCGCAAGAGAAGGUAAAUUGUGCCGCAGAGACAUCAACUUCUUUUCAGCAGAAUAAGGGUAAGUGAUCUCAGUUUGCGCGGCUACUCGGAGAGUCCUUACUACCACGUAAAUUCCCUGUCCAAAUUCAAAGUGAAGUUUUGUUCUCUAUGAAUUAUUUGUAUUUAAAAAGGAAAUGUUAAAUGCAUUACUUGGCCUUUUAUUUUGGUUGUCUUUGAGAGGUAAAAACGAGCCCAAAGAACUCGUUCUCAGGUUUAACAUUUUUCAGUAAAUAAGAAAAAAUCAAGAAAGAUACCCCUACUCAUUGAAAAGGCUUACGGAUCAAAUACUUUCUUUUUAGGAUGGAAAAGGUCGUAUGCAUCCUAAAUGUCUAACUUAAUUGAAAAACGUUCGCUUAAUUUCCCCUAGACGCACUAUUUAGCAGUUUUUUUGUUUCUAACUUGGAUAAAUACUAAAAACGUGCUUUACACUAAAUUUCCGCUUCUCACUCCUACAAUCGCUUUUCUAAGACCAGGUCAAAUGCUGUUACGAUGAGUAAGCGAGGUGACGUCAUUAAGGGUGGAAAUCUUAUGUUUGCUUUAACUAGUAGCUCUGUUUCUCUUCAACACAAAGCAAUGGCUGAUCACACAAUCCACCUAAAACUUUUGGUCGCCAAAGGUGGAAAUAGUCAAAAGAGGAUGGUAGCUUAGGAAAGACGUUUUGAAACCUGUAUCCCGCUAUGAAUUCUACCGCGAUUAAUAUCUUGAAAUGUUUCGACGAACAUUCCUCACUUACGGGAAAUGAGAAGCUAGUCAACUAAUUUUCCUGACUUACAUAUGUGAGAGAUUAUUGCCGUGAUAAUGAUUUGACGUCUUAAAUAAAUCAACGACAGCACGGAUUUUUUCAGGCAACAAGGCUUUUCGGAAAGAUGUUUCGUAUCAGUGAUUCGUAGAGUUAUUGUUUAGGAUCUCGACAUGUAAGUGUGCUUGGUAAAAUAAUUUUUUUAAUUUUAAUCCAAGGAAUUAUCAGUCUUUAACAUUGUUUUUAUUUCACAGAUUUUAUAUUUUAGGCCAAAAGAAAUUUAACGUUAAGAAUCACCAUGAGACAGAUUGGCUGUGUUUUCGCCACCCUUGCGUUCAUCAUUUUAUGUAAGUGAAAGUUUUUCUGCCUAAAUUCCUCCAGUCUAAUAGCAAUUGGAGUCCAGUCUCUUCACAGAUUAUUCAUUUAUGAAGAUGUUUUUGAGAACCACUCAGGUGUUCUUGCAUUUGAGGGAGAAUGAACACGAGAUCUGAAGGGCUCUUUCAUUUCUAACGAUGGAAAAGAGUUCUGGGACGAGCCAAAUCAAUGUCUGUGCAUGGGGAGGCCAUGUACAUCGCGUGGAGUUUUGCAAUGUCCCGCUGAAGUUUACCCCGGUAAAGUGGGCUGACUGCCGAUGUUCAUUAGAUAUCAUCAGAUUGGGACAGUUUAUCUGGGGUCUCAGUUGAGGCAUGUUAUAUGUUAAGGUCCUUUUCGAUCGUCGAACUUUUCGUUUGACAAAGUGACAAAUCUCUUAGGCUGUUUCAAAUAAUGAUUUUCUAUGGCCACGUCCAACCUCGAAGGCUGAGUCCGAAAUUUAGUGGUUGAACUUAUUCUUUAGCGAAAAAAAGGAAUUUCUUUUUUUUUUUAUGUUUGUGUAAAUGACAAGUGUACUUUUGAACUGUGCUUAUGGCUUAAAUAUGGCUGAUUUUAGCUAGAGAAGUAUUCUGUGUCAGUGCUUUGAAAACAGUCACUCUCCCAUCUCCUAUAUAGCUAUGGAUCAAUGUCAAGCCUGGCGCAGGCCUUGUGGCCUGAAAACAAUCGACCGUCGCAAUGGCAGAGAACCACGGAGUCUUAAAGAGAUUCGUUACUACGAUCGUUGCUGUCGCGAUCAAUAUUACAACUCAAAAAGACAGCUAUGUUGCUUUGGUAAUAUCGUUCUACUAGAGAAACCCGGCGACACUUGUUGUGGAUCCCGAAAGUAUAAUGUUCACACAGAACUGUGUUGUGAAUUCACCGUAAAGAAAAAGACUGUUUCUCAAAAUGCCUGCUGUGGAGCAGUUCCGUACGAUAGCAGAAGAUAUACCUGUUGUGGUGGAACUGUUACUCCCCGAGCUUCUAGUCAUCAGCAUCUGAACAGUUGUUGUGGGUAUGUAUUCAAACAACUAGCCAUUUUUUUUGGCAGAGGUUGUUUUCUUGGCAGCCUUUAUAUCGAAUGUCACGCAAAGAUCCCUAAACGUGCACCCCAAGGAAAGAUUGUUGAUAAAUCCAAAGAGUCGGUGGUCGGAAGGCUCAGACCCGAGACCACCAUUAACAAUUAUUCUUAUCAUCAUUAUUAUCAGUGAUAUUAUUAUCAUCAUCAUUAACCACAUUCUUUGUCUCACAGCAAGAGAAGUUACAACCCUUACACUCAUGUCUGUUGUAAUGGAGUCAUUUCAUCCAAGCCCGCUCAGUGCUGUGGCAGCAAAACGUACGAUCCAAGGUCACAAGUGUGUUGUGGGGGAAAAAUUGUGUCUACCCCAAGCAUCUCCUCACCUGCAUGUUGUGGGAGCAAUGUUUACGACAGAAACCAACAGGUUAGAACAAUUAUUAACACGGCUGAGGGAUAAUCGAGAAAUUAAGAUUGGACAGUCUUCGUUUCCCCUUUGGACGCAUGACAAGGGCUAGAUAACAGGGCUCUCUAUGACUGUGCCACAAGGUUACUGCUGCACAGAAGUGUUUUAUUAUUGUUAAUGAUGAUGUCAUGCUUUCAUUGUAUGACGUUUACUCAGUGCAUUGUCCAUCCUAACGCGCCUUACAACACUUUGCGAGGGACAAUGCUAGACUGCAUUGGGAAGUUCAUAAUUAUUUUCAGGUGCCUCCCAAUAAACCAACAAUGAUGAGGUGAACGGUGGCUCAUGCCUUAACCUUAUAGUCAGAGAUUUCUACCGCUGUUUUAUUACAUCUAAGUGUUUUUUAAAAAUGCUUUAUGCCAUCAGAUCUGCUGUUCGAAUGUGCUUUUUGACAAGCCAAAAAACCCAAGUGGCAUCCAAGUAGGCUGUUGCGGUAGCAACAUCAUGUUCACCUCUCAUCAGAUGUGCUGCGCUGGGAAGGUUGUAGGUAAACCUCAGGGUGUACAGAACCCAAGAUGCUGUGGAAAUCGAGUCUAUGACUCACAAACACAGGUACUGAUCACUUUGCCAUAGUUGUGAACAUCUCCUUACUGCAGUGAAGGGCGCGGGGAAGGGAGUGUGGGUUCUUUCCAUCAAUGAGCGUAACUGAGGUGCUGCCCCAAAAAGAAUUCCUUUUUCAGGCUCGACGUAUAUAAUGGGAAAUCCUGAUUUUGGAAAAGUGGAGGAAAAGUGUCAUCAAAUACCCACAAUAGUCUGACAGUUAAUCGAUCUAUCAAAGUGAUAACUAUUUGUUUCAUAACGCGAAAAUUCUGUCAAUAUGUAUUAAAAUGCGCCAAAUCAAAAUUUCGAAUGUUGGUUACAACGGAAAAAGGAAAACUAGAGAGCCCUUUGAAAAACGUUAAUAGCAAAGACGACAGGAGCAGGAAUAGAACAUAGUGCACAGCAGUGGAAGGCGAGUGCUCCGACCACUGCAUCAUACUAAUCCCUCCAUUAUCCACCACUGUCAUUCAAGAAGAAGCUCGCGUAAAUAGCUCUGUGUGUCUUUUCUCUCUCACUACAUAUACAAAGUACAUCAUAAGGAUCCCUUUAAACCCAAGCUUGUAAGGGUCUUGAACUUAGCGCUAAAAAAUUAGAGACGAAGCUCUCUCCACAUACACUUUCGCUCGCUUAGUAGGGCACCUUAAGUAAGGUGUGCCUUCCCUCAUUUCCGCGUCGAAAUUGGAAACGAGAAAAUUUAAAACUGUACUCUAAUUUGUUUAUUUCUAUUAUAAAGACUAAAUCUAAAUAUUUUUGUUGUGUAGGUUUGUUGUUCCAACAGAGUAAGCAACGGUAAAGUGUGUUGUGGGAACGUUGGAUACAACCCUCUAACGCAUUCUUGUUGUGGCUCGAUGGUCAUAAAAGGUUCGAGCCUGUCAACCGUUCAUGGACCACAAAGGAAAUGCUGUGGACGAACAUUUUACGAUCCAAGAUUUGAAGACUGCUGCCAUGGCAGAUACUCGAGACGCAGAGGAUGUUGUUAUAACAACAACCAGUGGGGAGAUUCCAGACAGAAAUUCCGCCAACUGUGUAGGGAUGACUAUUAGAAAACGUCGUUUUCCUUCGGAAAUAGUCAUCUCAUGCCUGAUGGGCUCUGCUUCAAGAUUAAAUAGCAAAAACAUUACAGCACUUUUCGAUUAACUUUAAAGAAAAUGAGACAAGGUUCUCAAACGGCUAAUAAAAAAUAAUGUGAGGAAAUAGUGAGAUCUAAAACCAAAUCGUGGAAGUUUCUCGAAGCGUGGGAUAACGUGGCUGACUAACACGCGAUUUGUGUUAGCUUCUUUCUAACUGGAUGACACGGAGACACAAGUUUUCUGGGCCAAUCACGGAGCGAAGUCGAGAUAAAUCCCGGAUUGCUGUUGACACGUAAUUGAAAUUUGCUCUAAAAGGUUUAGAAACAGAGUUAGAUUUUUGCUGCAAUCUUUAUUACUUGUGACAC